CUAUCUUUCCCAAUUGAAACCUAGAUUUACUUGCUGCCAAAACUCUUUAUAGCUCUCUUGUUCUUUUUUUUCUCUUCAAAUUCAAUUCUGUGUCUUUGCUUUUUCGUUCGAUAUUAAUCAGAGUUUUGUCAUGGCUGGAAAGGGCGAAGGUCCGGCGAUCGGAAUCGAUCUCGGAACGACCUACUCGUGCGUCGGAGUGUGGCAACAUGACCGUGUCGAGAUCAUAGCCAACGAUCAGGGCAACAGAACGACGCCGUCUUAUGUUGCUUUCACUGAUACGGAGCGUCUCAUCGGCGAUGCGGCCAAGAACCAGGUCGCCAUGAACCCUAUAAACACCGUUUUUGAUGCAAAGCGUUUGAUUGGUAGGAGAUUCAGUGAUGCAUCUGUACAGGCUGACAUGAAGCUCUGGCCAUUCAAAGUUGUUCCUGGUCCUGGUGACAAGCCCAUGAUUGUGGUCUCCUACAAAGGCGAGGAGAAGCAAUUUGCUGCUGAGGAGAUCUCCUCCAUGGUCCUCAUCAAGAUGAAAGAGAUUGCUGAGGCUUUCCUUGGCUCAACAGUAAAGAAUGCUGUUGUUACUGUCCCUGCAUACUUCAAUGACUCCCAACGCCAGGCCACGAAGGAUGCCGGAGUCAUUUCUGGCCUAAAUGUUAUGCGGAUCAUUAAUGAGCCAACUGCAGCUGCGAUUGCUUAUGGUCUAGACAAGAAAGCCACUAGUGUUGGGGAGAAGAAUGUUCUCAUCUUCGAUCUCGGUGGUGGUACUUUCGAUGUUUCACUUCUCACAAUUGAAGAGGGUAUCUUCGAAGUGAAGUCCACUGCUGGUGACACUCACUUGGGAGGAGAGGACUUUGAUAACCGAAUGGUGAAUCACUUUGUUCAGGAGUUCAAGAGGAAGCAUAAGAAGGACAUCACUGGAAACCCUAGAGCCCUUAGGAGAUUGAGGACAGCUUGUGAGAGGGCCAAGAGGACUCUCUCAUCUACUGCUCAGACCACCAUUGAGAUUGAUUCUUUGUACGAGGGUGUUGAUUUCUACUCGACCAUUACUCGUGCCAGAUUUGAGGAGCUGAACAUGGAUCUCUUUAGGAAGUGUAUGGAGCCUGUUGAGAAGUGUUUGAGGGAUGCGAAGAUGGACAAGAGCAGCGUCCAUGAUGUUGUCCUUGUUGGUGGGUCUACUAGAAUUCCCAAAGUGCAGCAACUUUUACAAGACUUCUUCAAUGGAAAAGAGCUGUGCAAGAGUAUCAACCCGGACGAGGCUGUUGCCUAUGGUGCUGCUGUUCAAGCCGCAAUCUUGAGUGGUGAGGGCAAUGAAAAGGUUCAAGAUCUAUUGCUUUUGGAUGUGACCCCUCUGUCACAAGGGUUGGAGACUGCUGGUGGUGUCAUGACCGUUCUGAUUCCGAGGAACACCACAAUUCCCACCAAGAAGGAGCAAGUGUUCUCUACAUACUCGGAUAACCAACCAGGUGUGUUGAUUCAAGUAUAUGAGGGUGAGAGAACGAGAACUCGAGACAACAAUCUGUUGGGCAAAUUUGAGCUGUCUGGCAUUCCUCCUGCCCCCAGGGGUGUUCCUCAGAUCACUGUAUGCUUUGACAUUGAUGCUAAUGGUAUCUUGAAUGUCUCUGCUGAGGACAAGACCACUGGUCAGAAGAACAAGAUCACCAUUACCAAUGACAAGGGAAGGUUAUCAAAGGAAGAGAUCGAGAAGAUGGUACAAGAGGCCGAAAAGUACAAGGCUGAGGAUGAGGACCACAAGAAGAAAGUUGAGGCCAAGAAUGCAUUGGAAAACUAUGCCUACAACAUGAGGAACACCAUCAAGGAUGAGAAGAUCAGUUCCAAGCUUGGCCCAGAUGACCAGAAGAAGAUUGAAGCUGCCAUUGAGCAGGCAAUUCAGUGGUUGGAUGCGAACCAGCUUGCUGAGUCGGACGAGUUUGAGGACAAGAUGAAGGAGCUGGAAGGCAUCUGCAACCCCAUCAUUGCCAAGAUGUACCAGGGUGCCGGUGGUGCUGCUAUGGAUGAUGAUGAUGAUACUCCUCCUGCUGGUGGUAGUGGUGCUGGUCCCAAAAUUGAGGAAGUUGACUAAGCUCUUCAGUUUGCGUGAUUGUAGUGACGAUGAUGAUGAUACUAGUAAUUGGGUGGUGGUGGUUUUUAAGUGUCUAUUUUCUAGUUUUUUUUGGUUUUUCUUUUUUAAUAUGAUUAAAGUUUUGUUUCACCAUUUAGUGAUGAUGGUGGUACUUCUAAGCAAUUGAAACUCUAUAUUUUUGUCCUACAUUACGUGGAAUUUUGUUGUGGUAUUUUGAAGGGUAUUUUACUUUCGAAGA